AUGAGAAUACAUCGCUUAGACGAAUCCAGUUCAAACGUUGAACAAAAGUUAAGCGAAAAUGGUACACUUCCACACCGGGCCAUUAUUUAUCAAGACAGGACUAUUUUUUAUUUUGAUGUGUUUCAGUACGUCGUCCGCUGGAACCAUUGUUUCCUUGGAAGGCAGAUUAAAAGAAGUGGAAAUCAAGCUGGAGACGGAAGUUUAUCAACUGAAAGAAAAAAAUAUUCAACUUGAAGAAAAACUAACGCAAUUAGAGUCCAAAAAUGCCCAACUGGAAAAAAAAGUUCAAAAACAAGAAACAAUUUUGACUUCCCUGUUGCUUCAAUCCGGACAACCAAAACCACAAACUGAGUCAGAAAUAGUUUCAAAUAAUCGCCCAAAUUUAAUUCAGUCAAUUACAAAGAGUGCUGCAAUGCCAAGGACGUGUCGCGAACUUUGGAUGGCGAAUCCUUCUCUUCAGUCCGGAAUGCACUGGAUCGAUCCGGACGGCCAAGGCGUCGGCGAUAACCCGAUCUACGUUUACUGCGACAUGACGUCGGGAUCUACAUCCAUUCCACACGAUAGUGAAUCCCCUAUCGACGUGGGUCAUUGUGCUGAUCCUGGAUGUUAUUCACGAUCUAUCAAUUACAACGCGUCCAUCGGGCAGAUGGAAGCGUUGGUCGAAUUAUCGUCAGAAUGUCACCAGUCGAUUAAGUACGAUUGCUACUACGCCCCUUUCGAAUUUAUUGCUAUCCCCUACGCUUGGUGGAAUGACAGAGACGGAAAUGCGCAAUAUUUUUGGACUGGAGAAAACACGGACGGAAUUCACACCUGCCAGUGCGGAAUCGAUGGCAAUUGCGUCGAUUCUUCUGCUAAGUGCAACUGUGAUGCUGCGGCGCCAAUUCAGUUAGUCGACGACGGUGUCAUCACAGAUAAAAAUGUUUUGCCUGUCACUCGGUUGAAUUUUGGCCGAACACAACUCGAAACUUCGUCAGGCAUCCACACACUUGGUCGAUUCGAAUGUACUGGAAUGGUCCCCAUGACAAAAAUGCCCACAUCUUGUAAGGAUCUUUGGUUAAUUGGUCACACCCUAAAUGGAUUCUAUUCCAUCAUGGGAUCUACGAUGAUGGAAUCCGUUUAUUGCAAUUUCACGAAACUCUCUGAUGAUGCGGGAUUCCAGAAAUGGAUCGGGUACGUCGGCGUGAAAUCGGUGCCCGUCCAUUUCUACGUCCAGAGAAGUUCUUCGUUCAACUCGACUGGAAUUCCGAUUCCGUUUGAUUCAACACUACUUAACGAGGGAAAUGCCAUGGAUUUGGCAACGGGAAUAUUCACGGCACCACGACCGGGAAUUUACUUCUUCUCUUUCUCGGGACUGGCAAGUUUUCCAACUUCAUCAUCUUUUGUUCAAUUAGGAGUUUUUCUUAAGUUGAACAAUAAUUCAAUGGGGUUGGCUUGGGCUGAAGAUGUUAACACCGUCACUGGUCAGGAUAGUAUGUUGACCCUCCAAUCGACGCUGAUAUUGAAAAAAGGCGAUCAAGUUUGGCUGGAGAUUUUCUCCGCAUCAGGGGUGGAUUUGUUUGACAAUGUAAGCCAUCAUACUCAUUUCACUGGUUUCGUGUUGGAGGAGGAAAUUGUUGCUUCCCUUUAAGUGUUGAUAUCAUUCGAAACGAAAUGCGCCAAAUGAUAAUAUAAACUGAACAGACAUGAGUUUUAUU